AUAUAUAUGUACAUAUAGUAAGCGAAUGAAGAUUAAUGAAAGUUAGCUAAAAUACAGCCGACCAAUAAUUAAAUCAACUAAACCGAAUUUUCUAAACUGGAAUUAUUAUAUUUUAUUGUAUGAAAUCCAAGGACGCUGUGAAGUGGGAGAAAAUACAAAACAAAGCAAAAGAAAAUAUUCGACGAGGUGGUCACUAGAAUAUGGAACAGUAGAGGAGUAACAGUUAUUUUGAAAGAAUGUUACAACUAGACGACGAUCUUUCUGUUUGAUAUCCUUCUUUUCUUCCUUUAUUUAUUUCUUACUUUUCAGAAUUUUCUUUACAUCGAGUAAAGAUCGCUAAAUCUCUUCGCUUUAACACUACUACUACCACUGCCACUAUCACUCCAACCACCACCAACAACAACAACAAUACUACCACCACCUCUUCCACCAACUUCAAGCCUUGUAUAAAUCUCGAGUUGAUUCCUCGCUCUAAUCCUUAUUCUAAACUCACUGAGUAUAUUUGACAAACUUGCUUGAAUACACAGUCGCAGUGAGAAAGUGUGUCAGUUUGCGUGUUUGCUCCAAACGCGGGCUCAUUGAGCAAAAUUUACAAAAGUAAAAUAGCUCUGUUAAUCACCUGAAGAUUGUAUGCAUCAAGAGAGGUGCACCUAACAUUUUUUCAGACCCUUCAAUAUUUACUCAUCUGAUCAAAUAACCAAUUUUCUUUCGUAUUUGCUUCGUUUUCUCUUAACUGCCUUCAUUCAGUCUACUUAUUAAAGGUGAUUAUUAUUUUCUUGAAGUAUUCACGGCAAAGAUAAGUUCACUGUUAGCACAGUCACAGCAUCUUAUUCUUAUUUCCCUUUUCUCUGAUCAUAUUUUAUAGACAUUGACAGUUCUUUAGGGUAUCAUAUAUCCACUAAACACAAUGCAUUUAUAUCAUCUCAGCAAUCUACUUCUCAACUCCCUUAUUGUUCUUUUUUACGUACCAACAGCACACCUUACGUACAACCCUAAAUACCCUUGUCGUUCUAACAGACCUACACAAUGGCAAAGAGACCCACAAAACUGUAGCAAGUAUUACUUCUGCAUUUACGGACGACCAAUAUUAAUGCCAGCGUGUGCUCAUGGUCAGGUCUGGUCACAAGUUGGUUCGGCUUGUGUUGAGAUUAAUUCGUACUGGGACGACUGCGAGCUCGUUGCCUCCGUACCUUCUACAACUGUACGCUCAACAAACAUACGUUCUACCACUACAGCUCAGUACACAGUUCCACAAACAGUUCCACAAACGAAACUACUCGCAACAGGAAACAGAAUAACAACCACGCCAUCACAACCACCACCACCAAAAACAACAACGACAACAGAAGCAACAACAACAAGUGCAUCAACAACAGAAGCAACAACAACGCCACCAACAACAAUGACGAAGAUAUUAACUAGUACAAUACUCACGAGUACACGAAACCCCAAAAUUCCAAAAGAUUCUCCUUGCUUGACACAGAGCGGGAUCAUACCACAUCCGAAGAAAUGCCACUUGUACUACAACUGCAGUUUAAGCAGCGAAUCAGCAUUGUGGGCGUAUUACGAAAUGUUCACCGUAGAAUGCAAUUACCCACAGCUCUUUGAUUCCGAACAGUUGAGAUGCCGUGAAUUCCUCAACAACAAUUGUAAUGGCCGUUUCGAGCCUGUUGAUCCUUGUGAAUACCGAAGGAACCAAUGUCUUCGUUCUCAUUGCCAACCUUGUAGUUUGCGUUUUGGAAGCUGUAGAGGCCGACCAGAUGGAAUUUACCCGCAGCAUGAAUUUAGUUGGACACCAAAAUAUUUUACGUGUUACUACGAAAGAGCUAUUGCACAUGACUUAUGUGAACCGCCAAUACCGAUAUUUUCCCCAAUCGAAAAUCAAUGCGUCUCCUAUGACAUGGUCCCAAAAGAACAUGGAGGGCUGAGACCUGACUGUAAGAUCCGUGCUAAUGGACAUUACGCAGACGAAAUGGGUCGCUGUAAUUUUUACUUCCAAUGCGAUAACGCUAAAUUCCAAGGUUUCCAUAAAUGUAAUUAUGGUUUCACAUUCAACCCGAUUUUAAAGAUAUGCCAAUCACCAGAUCAAGUUCCUCCUCCCUGUGGAUCAGGUAGUCCACCGAGUUGUGUAAAACGACCCGACGGCUUCUAUGCUGAUUUAGCAGGUCGUUGUUCAUAUUAUUUUGAAUGCAAACAGUCUGUUUUCAAAGGUUUCCAUAAAUGCUCCAGGAGUCAUGCUUUCAACCCUUAUAAGCAUAGCUGUGUGAGGGGAAUCGGAUCACAAAUCAAACCAUGCGGUAUUCAAGACAAUCCUUGUCAAAAUCGUUUGACUGGCUUUUAUCAUUAUAAUUCUUCAAGCUCCCAGUAUUAUGAAUGCCAUGAAGGGUUGUUUAUUCAUUUUGGAACAUGUCCAAACGGUCAGAUCUUCAACCUUUCGUCAAAACAAUGUGAGAUAGCAGAAAUGAAAGAUUAUUGUGCAAACAAAGCUGAUGGACGCUACAAACACCCCAGAGCAGAAUGCAUUGCCUUCCUUGAAUGCAAACAACAUACGACCUUCCGGGUGGCCCAGUGUAGUGAUAAAUUGAAUGGAACGCGAUUCAAUUCGCUAACAAGGUCAUGUGACCAGCCACAAAAUAUAUGUCCGCCAUGUGGCUACAAAUGGUUUGAUUGCCCUUCAUACAUCGAAAGCACUACUAAACUUUCAUAACCUGGACCAACAAACAAUCCAUCUGACCAAACUAUGGU